GAUACCUUUCAUCUGUUGGACUGUUUAGACCGUAACAAUUGUAUUUUCCGGAAUAUCCCUUGAGGAAAACAAAUUAUUGAUAUUUUUUAUUUCGGUUGAUUAUUGUAUAAUAAACCCGUGUGAUACCAUUGAAAGAGUAUUCAGAGAGAGAAACCUAUGUUUUCGGAAAUGUCAUCGGGAUGAUUGUUUAUCCACCAUUUUGUUUUGCUGUCGUUCUCUCACAGUUUUUCCUGGCACCGUGGCCUAUUUUACGAUGAACUAAAUUGACAAAAAUCUGACAAAAUCGUCGGAUCCGACGAUACUCUGUGCUUCGAGGGAACGGUGUUUUCCACAGAUUUCGAUUGGAUUUCGUUUCUCGAUGAAUGUUUUCGCGAAGAGCAUUUGUGAAAUCUCGCCUCGAGCUCCGACCCAACUUUCCUGACUUCUUUAAUCAAAUGGCGAUUACUAGAUAAAACGAACAGUUUUCGCGUCGUUCGCCACAAUGUCAGGUCAGAGUGGAGGGCAUCGUUUAAGGUUGUCCAAGCUCAACGACCAGCUGACGUGCAAGUUGUGUGGCGGAUACUUUAUUGAUGCUACCACCAUCAUCGAGUGCCUGCAUUCGUUUUGCAGGAGCUGCAUUGUCAAAUAUCUGGAGAACAAUAAGUACUGUCCAAUAUGUGAGGUGCAGGUACACAAAAAUAAACCGCUGCUUAACAUUCGUCCAGAUUACACUUUGCAGGACAUUGUGUACAAAUUGGUACCUGGAUGCUACCAAAAUGAGAUGCGAUGUCGGAGAGAUUUCUACUCUAAGCACCCUGAGGCCAGUGCCCAAACAGCUUCUCCAGAAGCAAGAGGAGAACCCACAGAAUCGCAUAUAUACUCACCGGACGAGUCCCUCAGUUUGUCAUUAGAAUACUUUAGUCCAUCCAAUGAUGUCAAGGAAAUAGCUGUGAAACCUUUUCUGCGAAGAUACCUUCGUUGUCCGGCUGCAGUUACAAUUUUUCACCUGCAGAAACUGAUAAGAGCUAAGUAUGGGUUAACUGAUGCACACAGGGUAGAUGUUAUGUAUAAGGAAGAACCACUACACAGUAGUUACACGUUGAUGGAUGUGAUGUACAUUUACCAUUGGAGGCGGAAAGUGCCAUUGCAUUUAAGUUACAGGAUAUUCGAAUCUUCUCCGAAGCGAAUAAAACUUUCCGAGGACAAUGUCAAUUAUAAAACAUCGUUGCUUCACGCUGGAAUCAAUCCUAUUGAUUCUGAAGAAGAGAAAAUAGUGAAGAGAGAGUGGAAAGAGGUGCAGCUGAAAAUCUCUGAGACUGGUAUAAUGAGUAUCACAGAUAUAUCAGAUCAGGAAUUCAAGAAAAACACAAAAGCUGAAGAAUCCGUUACAAAUAUUGAAACGGUGAAUACAACACCUGUUCAAGAAAACAUUAAUAAUAGGUCUGAGAUUGCUAAAAGUAACGAAGAAUCCCUGAACAAACAAAUCACAGAUGACGAAUCUUUUAAAACGAUUGAUUUUGAUAAUAGGAAAACUAUAGAAGUCGAAAAAAUUUCGAUGGAGGAAGCAGAAGAUGUUAAAACUAAAAACGAGGAGAAACCUAAGAACGAAUCGGAUAAUAACAAUGUCGAAAUCAAAAGUAAUGUGCAAUCUCAGGAAAUAACGCAAUGCGUGGACGAAAUUGAAGCCAAAUGCAAUGUUGGAGACGAUAAGGAUAAGAAAGAAUCGUCAAAGAAUAAUAACAACAUCAUCAUCGUAGAGAAGAAACCAGAGUUUCUCAAUCACCAUUCGAAAAACGAGACCAAACUCAUAAAUACGGGAUCAAAAAUUAACGCUCUGAGUGUGAAACUACAAUUUCAACCGAAAACGGGACAAAUUAACAAUAGCAAUAAUAGCUCUUUAAAGAAGACCGUAAAAGAUAGGAAAGUCGUGCCGCAGGCGUCCAAGAAAGUGGAUACAAAUUCCACUGAGGUUUCGAAUCUUGCGGAAGGCACGACAAACAGUUGUGGAGUGACAGUGAACAAAACGUCAAGCACUUCUUCCACAAAAAUAAUGUCGCCUAAGCCAGAGGAAGUUAAACCUGCUAUUUCGACGCAGAUCACAGUCACAAGCAAUUCUGAGUCAGAGGAAACGAAGACCAAUGCAAAAAAUGUGCAAUUGGCUGAAUAUCAGCAUAAUGGUUCAGAGAAAAAGACGGUGGACCAAGCUUCUACAGAGUCAACCCAAAAAGUCAAUGUGCAAACUAUCACGGUUCCCCAGAAGUCACCGCAUACACAAGCUGAACCAUUCGCAAAUGAGAAGCUUUCUAGCCUGAACCUGACUGCGUCUCUAUCUGGAUCGGUUGGGAAUGGAAUCAACACUCCACCCACACCAACAGUGAGUCAGAGUACGCAUACAUUCUCGUACACUGUUCAAGAUAUAGUGAACAGUACAAUGCUGAAAAAUUCUCUGAAAAGUCUAGCGACAUCUACAGCCCAGAAACUUUCUGUCACCACGAUUCCAGAAAACAUGGUGACCUCAUCGAUGGCAGAAAAUUCAACUAUAUUUACUAUGUCCCCCAUGAGCAUCUCUUCCUCCUUAAAGAACAGUUAUCCGACGUCAGUGAUGAGCUCUUCAAAAGCAAACCUGGAGAUAACCAGCGUGUACUCUGCCCCUCCUUGCCCAGAUGCCAUUCCAAUUUCCCUGAUGAAGCCUACGAUCCGCAAGAACGAGUUGAUCACAAAGGGCUCGAAUCUGAAUGAGAUUUGUGCUAAGAUCGGAGCCUCCGGUUCGAAGAUAAACGAUAUCUGCGCCAAAAUCGGGGAGAAUUCGAAGGAAAAGAACAAAACAGAAACGAGAAACAAGUCGGACAUUCCAGAUUUGCUCAAAAUUGGAAGAAAAGGCAGUUCGUCAUCGGCGUCAGGCGACGCUGCCAAACAGCAGCAUCUUGCUAACAUCUCCAACGUGCCCGUGUACACCCCCAACAGCACUAUGAUAACGACAGAGAACAAGAACAUCUAUUCGAAUGUGAAGGAUGGCCAUAGAGCUACCUCGCUCGUCUCUGCUUCUCCAAUGACCACAUCGCACUCGAUACAGAAAACUUCCUCCGCCUCCAAGAAACAAACCCAAACGGUGGGCUACAAAACCCUCCGUGAUCCUCCGAGGUGCUGGAACCCUACAUUGUCCAAAAACAAUUACGUGGCAGUGAAGAAUCAAAGCAAGGAGACGCAAAGUCAAUUACACCAAACCGCGCUCUCCGAGCGGAGCAAAACAAUUCAGUCGAAGCCGGCGAAGAUCUUCAAGAUGAGAAACAUGCCGAGGUACUUGGGCAAUCCUGCCUCCGGGGUGAAGCCAAUGUACGGAAUCGGAAACGACAGCAAAGAGAAAGAACAGUCAACGAUCACGCCGACAUCGACCACGAAUACUUCUAGUAGCUCAAAAAACGGGAACCUAAGUAUGAUGAAGAUAGACCCGAAAACCCUGUCCCCAAUCGUCUCGACGAUCAACUCGCCCAUCGUUUCGCCUCCUCCAUACUCUCCAAGCGCCAGAAACUAUCCAAACCCUCCAUUCUCAAGGGACAUCUGCAGGAGCACUGGCUCGUCAAUCUCUCCUAAGAAUUCUCCAGUGAAUAUGCUCUCGACAAGCCCAUUUAUUCCUUCUCCGACACCAAAUAUAAAUCCUAGGCUAAUUUAUCCCCACUUUGCACCACCAUUCCCAGACGCCAGCAGGUUCCCAAACCCCCUGAUCCGCUCGCCAAUAGGAAUUCCAUCUCCCAGUGCCUUCCACAGUAGUUUACCACCUUCAAUCAACAAGUUGUACCAGCGAUCUAGUUAUAUUCCACAAACCACUGGGUUUUCCUCUGUCUCCCAACCCCCUACAGUCCAGAGAAUACCACCUAGCACCUAUUCUUCGCCCAAGUCACCCAAGACGACUUCCCUAACUGCAAUCUCACCCACAUCUUACAGUCUGGCCAAAACUGAGGCUCAGAUAGUUGCAACAACAUCUCUUGAGACUAACAAUCUACUUCUUCUAGAGAAUGCACCGCAAGAGGAUCUCAGUGCAUUCAAUCUGUCUAAGACUGGCAGUUUCAGCAGUGCAGAGAAUGUCACGACCACGGAGACAAUUCACAACUCAAAGCCAACCGUGCUUCCUGCAGUUUCCAACGUUGGACAGAGCAAGACUAGUGCAUCAAAGAGCAAGCCAGAGAGUUCUCAAGUUGCAGAACAAGCACAGGAAGGCUCGUUGGGGUGCAACAAGGGACAGGGUGCAGAUAAAAAGCGAUCCGAUGAGGUCACUGAUACUGUAAAUAAGAAAAGGGAAAAAUCAGUGUCUCAGAUGAAUGGAAGUCUAGCUGGAAAAACUAGUGAUGAAGGGCCAAUGGAGAAAAAGGAGCAAAACGAAACGCAGACAGAUGGCAAUGAGAAACAAGAAUCUAAUCGUGAAAAAUGUGGGAGAACCGAAGAGCAAGAAAAAAGAUCUGAGAUCCAGACGAGCAAGACGGAGGUGCAAUUUCAAAGUUCAAAAUAAUCUAGCGUAUGCUUUUAUAAAAAUUUUUACGCUUCUGUUGUUAUUACAUUUCACACACCUCGACGAAGCUUUUUUACAUGGGGUCCUUGGCAUGAGAAGAUUGCACGUUGCUUUUGAGAAUGUGACGAUGGAGACUCUGCGAAGAAUCCGUGACAUUAUUUAUGUGAAAUGAUUUCGCAAAGUCAGUAUUUAUGACGCUUUCGAAGAAAUUUUGUUGUCGUCUCAUUCAACCAAAGCCUCGAAGAUUCAAUGAAAUAGAUUUAGCGAUGACGAGAGUUUAUUUUUUCGAUUGGCUUGGUUCUCGACAAAAAAAAAAUGGAAGCAGUUAUAGGAAAAUUUCCGAGGCCUUAACACAGUAAACUUAUAUAUGAAGUAACGUUAAAUGAAUCGAUCAAAAGAGAUAGUUGUUAAAAUGGAGAAUUGUGGAAAAGUUAUUACACCCCGAGAGGUUUCUCUCUUUCCAGCUUGAUUAGUUGUCAUUGUCGAUGUAUUGUACCGCACCGAAUUAUCGAGAUAGCACGCAUGGAUAAAGAAACAAAAAUAAUGAAAACCGAUUCACCAUUGAUUUCGCCAAGUGCCGGAAAGAAAGAAAUAGUUAAUGUAUAGAGAAAUUUUAAUAUUUGACGAUCUUUUUUUUAGACACGUUUACUUGUACAUAAUGUAUAAUGAAUUCAAAGAAAAAAUCUAUAUCAUGUAUUAGGAUAUAAAAAGGCAAGAAAUUAUCGAUCAUUAAUAUAAUUUAACACGCAUAUUUUCUAGCCACGUAAGAACUGGUAUAUCGAUAGUAUUUUUUUGUCUAUUACGAGAAAGCAAUUUUUAGAGAGAUGUCUGACUGUAGAGCAAAAGGCGACAAUGUAUUUUUAAUAAGUUAUUGGUUGUGUGCGCGCGCGGCUCUUUUGUAUACAAGGUGUACCUGAGUGAGUGAGUGAGUGAUUUAUGCGAAUGUGGGGGAAAAAAAGAUAUAGUAGGUGUGUAGAAUUUUUUCAGCGCGAGGAAAAAAUUUUCCGGGUAUUGGUUCUCAGCUGGGAAAACGGAUCGAAUGGUAUUUUUUCGAUAUAUGUUUUAUUUAUGGAAACGUUGAUCGUCAUUUGUUUUUCCGAAUUUAUGCAAGUGUUCCGCGUAUGUUUGUGUGCGCGCGCACAUACGCUCUCACACACACGCGCGCGUGUUAUCAGUACAGUAAAUAAUAAAUACUACGUCAAGUAGGGAAUGUUUUAAUUAUGAGAAGAAAAAUAUAGUUGAUUAUACUUUACACAGUCUGUUGUUUGUAAGAAGAUUUUACCAUUACACUUAUAUGCAUAAAAUUGAAUUUAUUAUUAAACGAUUACUAUGA